AUGGCCCCCUCUCAGCUCCCCCCUGUCUUCAACCCCACGUCCCAGGACAUUGAGAUGCUGCUUGCAGCACAGUGCCACCUGGGAUCGAAGAACCUCCAGGUGCACAUGGAACCUUACCUCUGGAAGACUCGUCCCGACGGAGUCAACGUUAUCAACGUUGGCAAGACCUGGGAAAAGAUUGUCCUGGCUGCUCGUAUCAUCGCUGCCAUUGACAACCCCGCCGACGUCUGUGUGAUCUCCGCUCGUCCUUAUGGCCAGCGUGCUGUUCUCAAGUUCGCUUCCCACACCGGUGCCACUGCUAUUGCCGGUCGUUUCACCCCCGGUAACUUCACCAACUACAUCACUCGCUCCUUCAAGGAGCCCCGCCUCAUCAUUGUUACCGACCCUCGCACCGACGCCCAGGCUAUCAAGGAGGCCUCCUACGUCAACAUUCCCGUCAUCGCUCUGUGCGACACCGACUCCCCCACCGACUUCGUUGACGUUGCCAUCCCCACCAACAACAAGGGUCGUCACUCCAUUGGUCUCAUCUGGUGGCUGCUUGCUCGUGAGGUUCUCCGUCUCCGUGGCACUCUCGCCUCCCGCGAGGUUGACUGGGACGUUGUCGUUGAUCUUUACUUCUACCGCGACCCUGAGGCCGAGGAGAACAAGGAGAUCACCGAGGAGGCCAAGGUCCCCGGUGCUGAGGAGGUUGCCGCUGCUGCCAUUGAAACCGGAUUCGCUGGUGAAAACUGGGACGUCCAGGGUACCGGUGCUGGUGUUCCUAGCGCUGCUUUUGCUACCGGCACUGCCGGUGCUACUACCAGCUGGGAGGCCGAUGGUGGCGACUGGGCUGCCAGCGGUGCUGCCCCUGCUACUGAGAGCUGGGCUGAGACCCAGCCCACUGACGCCAAGUGGUAG